CGUUUUUGUUAUUAUAGGAUCCAGGGAGGAUAAAGUAUAAACAAACAAAAAUUUAAAAAAAUAGAUCAACGUGGAUUUAUACGUUAUUGAAGGAAACAAAUAAAUAAAUAAAAAAAAAAAACCGGAACCUUGAAGGUAGCGUUUGUGUUAUUUUAGGAUCGAGUGAAGAUAAUCAAACAACAGUUGGUAACCUUGGUAUAGUGAGCUCUGGCUAUGGCGAACGGUUUCACUCCCGUCAGCAAUGGAGUACCCGAUGAAGAAUCGAUUACGGCGCCGCUCCUCCACCUCCGCCGCUCCACCUCCAACAACACCUCUCAGAUUGCUAUCGUCGGAUCCAAUCCUUGCCCUAUCGAAAGUCUUGACUACGAGAUCAUGGAGAAUGAUGUCUUCAAGCAAGAUUGGAGAAGCAGAACCAUUGAGAACAUUGCUGGUAUCAAAUUUGUAGUCACCUCCAACAGGAUGCUGGAAAACAAGUAUGCAGAAGCAUAUCUCAUAUUUGCAGCUGCAAAUUUAGGCCUUACUUUGUUUGCUGUUACUAUAACAGCUUUUAUAGCUCCAGAAGCUGCUGGAUCAGGCAUCCCUGAAGUUAAGGCUUACUUAAAUGGUGUUGAUGCUCCUGCCAUAUUCUCAUUCAGAACAUUGCUAGUAAAGAUUGUUGGCAGCAUAGCUGCUGUGUCAUCAUCUCUUAAUGUCGGGAAGGCGGGGCCCAUGGUGCACACGGGUGCAUGCAUUGCAGCUUUAACAUCUGCUGGAAUUGCUGCUGCUUUUCGUGCUCCUGUUGGUGGUGUACUUUUUGCUCUUGAAGAAAUGGCAUCUUGGUGGAGAAGCGCGCUUUUAUGGAGGGCUUUUUUCGCAACUGCAAUUGUUGCAAUUUUGCUUCGGGGUUUGACUGAUUUAUGCUUGAGUGGAAAAUGUGGACUUUUUGGCACUGGGGGUUUGAUAAUAUAUGAUGUCACCUCAGUAAACAUAUCAUAUCACCUACGUGAUGUUCCUCCUGUUCUUCUUCUUGGAGUCAUCGGUGGCAUUGCAGGAAGUUUAUACAAUUUUCUUUUGGGUAAAGUUCUCCGGCUUUACAAUCUAAUCAACGAAAAAGGCACGAUAUACAAAAUCCUCCUCGCAUGCAUAGUCUCUAUUGUAACUUCCUCUCUCUUAUUCGGCCUCCCAUGGAUCGCCCCAUGCCACCCAUGUCCACCUGGCGCAACCGAACCCUGCCCCACCAUCGGCCGCUCCGGCAACUACAAAAAAUUCCAAUGUCCGCCUGGCCACUACAACGAGCUCGCAAGCCUCUUCUUCAACACGAACGACGACGCCAUCAAAAACCUUUUUAGCAAAGACACAGACACCGAGUUCCACCCUUUAUCGAUCCUCAUCUUCUUCAUCACAUGUUUUUUCUUAAGUAUCUUCAGCUACGGAAUCGUGGCCCCCAUCGGCCUCUUCAUUCCCGUUAUAGUAACCGGCGCGUCUUACGGUCGGUUAGUCGGGUUACUCAUUGGUUCCACCUCGAAUCUCAACCACGGUUUGUUUGCAGUGUUGGGCGCCGCUUCACUCCUCGGUGGGACCAUGCGAAUGACAGUGUCAUUAUGCGUUAUACUUCUCGAACUCACGAAUAACUUACUAUUACUCCCGCUUAUCAUGCUCGUUUUACUCAUUUCAAAAACGGUAGCCGACGCGUUCAACGGAAACGUAUACGACCAAAUCAUGAGCUUCAAAGGCUUUCCGUAUUUAGAAACUCACGCGGAGCCAUACAUGCGACAGUUAACGGUUAGCGACGUGGUAGCGGGCCCGCUUCGCGUGUUCAACGGGAUCGAGCUCGUGGGGAAUAUUGUCCAUGUGCUAAGGACGACCGGGCAUAACGGGUUCCCGGUUGUGGACGAGCCGCCGUAUUCGGACGCGCCGGUUUUGUACGGUUUGAUUUUGCGGUCACAUGUUAUUACGUUGUUGAAGAAGAAAUGUUUUUUGGAGAGUCCGAGGUUGGAUGUGGACGCGGUUGAGCGGUUUUCGGCUAGUGAUUUUGCGAAACAAGGGUUGGGGAAUCAGGAUAAGAUUGAGGAGAUUGAGUUGAGUGAAGAGGAGAUGGAGAUGUAUGUUGAUUUGCAUCCUUUUACAAAUGCUUCGCCUUAUACGGUUGUGGAGACUAUGUCUUUGGCUAAGGCGCUUACGCUUUUUAGAGGUGUUGGUUUGAGACACUUGCUUGUGGUUCCCAAGACUUCUGAGAGACUUCCGGUGGUUGGAAUAUUAACAAGACAUGAUUUCAUGCCACAACAUAUACUUGGUUUACACCCAAUGUUGGAAAGAACUUGGAAGGUGGAUCUUGGUGAGAGGAGCUUGAAAAUCAAGAAGAUUGAGGCAAGGAACGUGUGUGGAUCUGAAGUCUACCCCAGUUUAGCAGCAUUUGAAGGUGGUGGAGUUCGUGGCUGGGGUUCGUGA